AUGGCGAACGCUGUAGAUAUAUUAAUAUGUUGGGGAAAUGAUGACGAAAUCGCAAAUCUAUGGUCAGUUGAAUGCAUAAUGAUGGUUAAGGUAAAUGGAAUGAAAUAUGAAGAUAGACACUGGUCUGUUUACGAAACUGGACGAUACCUUGUCGCCAGUCUCGACGGGAAGCGAAAACCGGGGAAGGGCUCAGCUUCUUCUCUCCCGCCACGGUGCAGCGUCUCGAGAUACCGUACGUUCACGAAGGGUUUACGAAGCAAUGGCGGAUUUAGGGGAAUGAAGUAA